AUGCCUCACAUCCUCUCGACAGAGCGUAACUUGGGCCGUACACGCCGAGCCAGACGUAUUCCUUCGAGGCGAUCCGGGAAGAGGAAUGUCACUUCAAGCCUCCUACCAAUCUUGCUUCUCGCGAGCUCAGCACACGCUGCCAACCAACAGACCUCGUCUUUCGCCGAUCCACUGACGGGUAUAACCUUCCAACGCUUUCUCGGUGCUAGAACGGGGUUCUCUUUUGGCAUAGCCUUGCCCCAGAACCCAUCUACAGACUUCAUCGGUCAGAUGUCCACACCCAUGCCCAAUCGGAAAGGCUGGGGUGGUGUUGCUCUCCAGGACGACAUGGAGGGUCCGCUGCUGUUGUGCGCUUGGCCCAACGGUGAUAAAGUCGUAUCUACAUUCCGUGUGGCGAAGAACGAGGACGACAGUCCGCCCGUAGUGACGGGGAACUUCAGCGUAGUGCAGAUCGACCAGGGCACUGUUGUCAACGAUACACAUAUGACUUUCACCUUCUUAUGCAAGAACUGCAUAGGUGAUUCCCGGACUACAUUCACGGCACAGGAUACAGCGGGCGACUUUGGGAUGGGAUGGGCGCUGGCCGAUACCGCUGUGAGCGACCCUGCAGACCCAGCUGCUGUGUUGGGGUUUCACAAUGUCGGCUUCGAUGAGUUCACAGCCUUCUUGAGCCAAGCCAGAAGUCCCCUUUUUGGAGAGUGGGCGUUACUUGCUGGUGCACAAGGCGCUGCGAGUAACGGGUCGACGACACCUAUUCCUGUAAACCCCCCAGGAACUACUACUGGAGGAGGAGGUGGUGACGACAGCGAUGAUGAGGCGGAUAGCGAUGACGAAGAUGACUGA